AUGGCCUGGGUCAGAUGCCCAAUCAAGGCUGCAAAUAUAGUGGCCAAAAAGGCCAAGAUACAAGUUGGGUGGGCACAGGCAAGAGUGGAAAUCCUCGAAGACCGUCCCCUCCAGUGUUAUAAAUGCCUGGAGGGUGGCCACGUCAGAGCGCGAUGCCCAAACAAGGCGGACCGCAGUGGUAAAUGUUACCGCUGCGGUCAGGAAGGCCAUGAGGCCAAGACGUGCGAAGCCCCGGUACACUGCGCGGUUUGCGGGGAUAAGAACCUCCCCGCCAAUCACAGGACGGGGGGAAAGGCCUGCAAACCGGUGCAGAAAGGGAGAAGGGGCAUCCCACUAGCUAAAGCGAUGGGAGCCCCAAAAGAAUCCGGGGCAACAAGAAUGGAGGUGGAGCCUUUGGAAAGUGUCUCUCCCACGCAAAACACCCAGGAGAGACCCAAAGAACAAAGGCCCCCCAGAGCUAAGGGAGGAAGAAAAAUAGCUGAGGAAGGAGAAACCCCCUCCAGCAACCAAGGCGUUGGAAAAAGACAGCGCCUCAAGGAAGAACUGGGGGGGGAGAACGCGGACGUUAUGGAAAUAGCGUCGGAAGGAGGAACCAGGACAAAAAUGGUUGAGGAUGGCCGAUAG